CUUCGAUCAUGAGAUGAUCCGGAAAAGAAUAUGGCAGAGCCUCUAGAAGGAAAUGAAAAAGUAAAAUUAAGCGCUUUACUUGCUUGGCUUGGAGAAGAAGGCGGGAAAGUGCAUGAUGAUAUCUAUUUUGCAAGAGACAAUCAAAUGGGAUUAUCGCCCUUUGCUUCUGAACGUAUAGAUUCCGAUGCAGUAGCCGUAAAUGUGCCAGUCAAGUCCUGUAUCACUACUGCUAAUGCCAAGAAGCAGGUCGAAGAUCUUUUGAUGGCUGCUGAGGAGCAAGACGAUUCGAACGAUUCCGAGAUAGUCUCUCCAAAAGAGUGGAUUCUGCUAUACCUGGUCUUGCAUAAGCUACUUUUGUCAUUCCGGAAAGAAAGAGGCAGCCAAAACAGGAAAGAUACCGAGAGGUCUAGCAAGCGAACAAAGCUCGAUUCGGAAAAUGUGAACUCUUUCCUCAAGCAUGCAGCAUAUGUCAACUUGCUACCCGAAGAAAUUCUGACGCCUAUUCAUUUCAAUAUCGAUGAAAUAAUAUUACUACAAAGCACGCCCUUGUUCAAUUAUGCCAUUCAAAAGCAUCAAGAGACCCGAGAGACAUGCGAAAGAAUAGGAAAAUGGAUGCUACAAAAGCUAGAAAAUUCAUCUUCUGGUGAAGCCUGGAUCGAACAUCUAAAGGAUAAAUUUGUAUCUCCUACCUCGCUUCAAUCACCCGAUAUCACAGAAGAGCAACGUGUACAAUGGAAGAGAGGCACAGGGGACGACCUUUAUUGGUGCGAAGACGAGAUGUGCUGGCCGUUACUGAAAGUCUGGAGAUGGGCCGAAACAGUCCACGGAAGUCGAGCCUUCCCGCCUCGUCUUAUAGAAGCGCAUGAUUCAGCACCUAUACUAAUACCAUGCUUUGACCUUUUCAAUCAUUCACGAGAAGCAAAAGUGACAUGGACAUUCGAACGUGCAAAUGCACAGAAAGAUAUCCAACAAGAUUGUGCAACGCUCACAGUACACAACCGAACAGGAAAGGAUUGUCAGGUAUUCAAUUCGUAUGGACCUAAAUCGAAUGAGAGCUUAUUGGCUUCUUAUGGAUUCGUUAAUGAUUCGAUGAAUGACGAUACCGUCUGUUUGAAACUUGGACAAAAGCAGACCAACGGAGCAACUCACGCCAGCGAUACUAAAGAAAGACUUCAUUAUUGGAAGUAUGAAGAGGAAUGUCCACCAGAUUUACUCGAAGAAGUUAUUAAUGUGAUUCGAGCAAACGUUGAUCCGGAAGAAGAGAAUGAGGACAUAGAUAGAUUUGCACCUGAUGCAGGGGAAGAGGAAAGGGAAGAUAUUCGAAGGAAAAUGUACGAGGAAGAAGCGUAUGGCAUCAUCAGUGAAAUGGCACAGAAAAAGUUGCAAGGCCUACAAAAUGAAAUGAUCGAAGAGGCGAAAAAGAAUGUAAAUGUACGGCCAGAGGUUUUGCAUACCAUCGAAGUUUAUAGAGAAGGACAAAAACGGGUACUAGGAUGGGCAAUAGAGCAUGCCGAUCAAAAAAGUCUGACGCUCGGUGCCGAAAUGAACAAUGCUUACUAUUAG